AUGGCCACUGAACAAUCCAAAAUGAAAGCCUGGCUCUACACUGACACAACGAAUGGCCUUGAAAACAACCUCAGCUUCACCUCGGAAGCCCGCACCCCACCCGCACUCCGCAAUGACGAUGUCCUAAUCACAGUCCUCUCAGCCUCCCUCAACCCAGCCGACUACAAAUUUCCAGAAAUGGGCCUAUUGAUGCGGAAGCUAGUUAUCGGCACUCCCGCCUCCCCGGGAAUGGAUUUCUGCGGCCGCGUAGUCGCAACAGGACCCGACGCGACGAAUUUCUCACCGGACCAGCUAGUCUACGGAAAUUUAGGCAAGCCCUGCCAAUUCGGGACCCUAGCCGAUCUCAUAGUGGCUUCGGCUAGCUUGCUGGUUCAUCUACCGGAAGGCGUGGAGGUUGAUCAUGCUGCUACACUCGGUGGUACCGGGCAGACGGCGUACCAGUCAUUGAAAGGGUAUGUCAGUGCCGAUGAUAAGGUCUUUAUUAAUGGUGGGUCUGGUGGAUGUGGGAUCUUUGCUAUUCAGAUUGCGAAGGUGAUGGGAUGUCAUGUGACGACUACUUGCUCGACGAAGAAUGUUGAAUUUUGUCGGGGGCUUGGUGCUGAUGAGGUUAUUGAUUAUACCGCCGAAGAGGAUCUCGUUGCGUCGCUGCGAUACCCUGCUACGUUGUAUCGCCAGUCUCAUCAUUUCUUAGCGCCCGGGAAGACGUUUGUGCAGGUUGGGGUUCCAGGUAUGGGGACCAUUGCUGAACGGAUGCUUUUGCCUGGUUUCCUUGGUGGGGGGAAGAGGAAGUAUGUAAUUUUCGUCACUAAGAACAACAGGGAGGAUCUUGUUCAGCUUGGGGAGUGGGUUCAGAAGGGGACUAUCAAGGUUCAACUGGAUACUGCUUAUGAGCUUGAGGAUGCCGUCAAGGCAUUCAAGCAUCUGCGGUCUGGCCGGGCUAGGGGAAAGAUUAUUGUUCAUGUUGCUAAGUCUUGA